UAAUGUGUGGAUGGCGGUAUAUUAUUUGUUAUUGUAUAGACGUAACCGCUAUGUCGUAGCCUACUGUAGAAUGAUUAUCCCGUGACGGGUCCUUACACAGUCUAAUCUGAAUAAAGAAUGACAAGCAUUCUUGCGUUGAGGCAAGGGGAGGUUACGAACUGCCCUGGAGACUCAACGAAGUUUUGAACUACUGUUCAACAACGGAACACGGCCUCAAGUAGGCUACCAGUAGAUGAAAUGAACGUUAAACGAAACGAAGCGCGAGGAUUUCGCCAAGAAAGUACGUCGGAGAAGGCGUGAUUAUCGUUGGGCACCGGAGACAGUAGCGACACAAUGGGACAGGCGGCUGUCUCCACCUUGUCUCACAACACGAGCGUUGACGGACUGGAGAAAGCGUCCUUGGCCAACUGUGAUGUGGUGGUGGGCGGCCCUGCUACCCAGAAUGCUCCUCUGAAGCAGCGGGGGAAGCUGUCCACGUUGGGGAAGCUGUUCAGACCCUGGAAAUGGAGGAAGAAGAAGACCAGCGACAAGUUCCAGGACCUGUCCAAAGUGCUGGAGAGGAAGAUCUCCACACGGCAGAGCAGAGAGGAGCUGAUCCGGCGAGGAGUCCUCAUCCCUGACCAAGACGAACCAAUCAACACAGAGACGCUGAACGGCCAUGCAACACCCAGUGGGACCUCAGAGGAAGUUAAAGUCAACAUUGAGUCAUCGGAAACAACAUCCUCCGACGAGCAGGCUGUGCCGUCAGAGGAGAUGGAGGAUGGGAUGGCAACAGUCAAAUCCUCCCAUCCUAAGAAGACAGGAGCCCCAUCAAAGCCUGCAGCACAGACCUCCAAGACCACAGGCCAAUCAUCAAAGACUGUUUCCCAUCCCUCCAAGACCUCAACCCUGCCCCACUCCUCCGCACCACGAUCCAAGACCUUGGAUGUCACAGGGACAGACAGGAAGACCAACAGGAGGCCUGAACCCUCCAAAUCAUCCUCCGGCCCCCCCAAGGCCUCCCCUGAGACUGACAGUCUACCUGGGGAGUCUCACAAACUCCUGAACCACCAGACCACCCAUCCUCCAGAGACAGAUAAUCAGGAUCCCCUCUUCAGCCCAGAGACUAAGCUCACUCCUGAUGGCCGUAAGACAGGGGUGGAGGUUGAGGUGGGGGUUGGGUCUGACCCGGAGUCUGGAGCCAAAGCCCCUCAUAUUAACGUUGCUACUGAGGAGACCUCCUUUACAGAGGGGGAGAGCCACAGCUCCUCACAGGGAAGUCAAGAGGCUGGGAGAGAGGGAGAGGGAGGAGCAGAAGGCCCCCAAUCAGGUGAUGGGGAGGGGUGCACCGAAAAUCACCAGAGACCAGCAGGCGGUGAUGGUGAGCGACAGGGCCUGAGUGUGAACGUGCAGGAGCCUGAGGUGACUGUAAUCCCUGACCGGCCCAGAGACAGCCAGGCCAGCGACUCCGACUCAGACGGACCAAUCUUGUACCGCGAUGAAGAGGAGGAGGAAGAGGACGAUGAAUACACAACCAGCUCCCUGGCCAGUAAGAUCCGCCGCCGGGACACGCUGGCCAUCAAACUGGGCAACCGGCCAAGCAAGAGAGAGCUGGAGGAGAAAAACAUCCUGCCUCGCGCCUCCGAGACAGAACGACAUGAGAUACGACAGCAGAUUGGCUCCAAGCUUGUCAGGAGACUGAGUCAGAGACCCAGCACAGAAGAACUGGAGCAGAGGAACAUCCUGAAACAGAAGAACAAGGUUGAGGAACAUGAGGCCAUUCAGGAGAUUAAAAGGAGGCUCUCUAGAAAGUUAAGUGUGAGGCCCACAGUAGCAGAACUGGUGGCUCGUAGGAUUCUGUGCUUUAACGAGUAUGUGGAGGUGACGGAUGCUAAGGACUACGACAGGAGGGCAGACAAGCCCUGGACCAGGCUCACCCCUGCAGAUAAAGCUGCUAUCCGUAAAGAAUUGAAUGAGUUUAAAAGCAAAGAGAUGGAAGUCCAUGUGGAGAGCAAGCAGUUCACCAGGUUCCAUCGACCCUGAGGCUGAGACGUUGGUCCUUUUUCUCCUGAGGAGAAGGUCUGGUCCACUGUGUCCCACUCUCACCUCUGACCCCAUACCACGCAACCCACCAAACUCUGUUCCUCUUGCCCCCUGGCCUUCCACCCUCCAGGCAUCCUCUGAGCAGGCUUGAGUCUGCAUCCUGAAACGCUGUCUGUUUCCCCUGACUGCAACAUGGCAUUGCCGUCUUGGAGACUGGGACCGCAGACAGACAAAGAGAGAGACAGGCAGAUGGACAGCUACCCAUCUAGAAAAUGUGAACACAUAGUAUAGUGUUUUUACUUAGUCGCUUUGACAAAAGUCAGACCUUCUGCACUUUUGUAUCAAGAGGUUAAUUGAAUUGCCCACCUAUGCCCCUGCCUGCACAACGGCAUAUUUGAGGUGGUCUUCACCCAGCCCUGUGAGGGAAACACUGGGAAUUGGACCUUGGAUUUUGUUUCAAACUGAUUGUAGAGCCCCUAACCAACUUGACCAAAUUAUGUUUUACCCAUUUAUCUCUAUGGAUGUGCCUGUACCUUGUUAUUUCCAACUGUGGAUGAAUGUAUUGGAUUUCACUUAAGUUGUUAUUACAGAUCAUAUCCUCAAGAGUUGGCAGUGCGAGAUAGAACCAACACUAGCACCUUGUAAUUGCUUCAUCCAAAUGAUUGAACUAGAUGAAUUAGAUGCUAAAUUAUUUUAUCAUGGAACACUGAUAGCAGUGUGCGGGCUGGCCAGACUAAAUGUCAUUUCUGUCUGUGUAGUUUCAAACAGCAGUGCACAAUACAAAUGAACCCAUUACACCCUUGUCUUACAGUCUCUGUGUGUGUGUUUCCACACCACCAGACAAUGCAGCUCAGUCAUGUCUGUCGUUAAAGGGUUGUAGGUAAUAGAUAGUGUCUAGUUUAACAGGAUUUGGUGCCUAGUGCCCCCAGGCUGAGGCUCAUGUCAAAUACAAACAGAUUGUAUUGUUCUUAAAUGUCUGAACUGUCCAACAGACGUAUUGCUGUAGGCGUCUCCCUCACAUUUCUGCAGUGAAGAUGGUGGGAUCUGAUCUGACCUGUCAGAUCCAUGCUGGAAUGAUAGACCAUUUAUGGUCCAGGGGUUCUGUUAUGCUGGGCAAAAUUGGAAAAAGAAUGACAGUAUUAAUAGCGAUGUAUUUUAUGUUCUAUAGUUAUCUUUGUACAGAAUGAAUAUCAGAUGCAUGUGCAUUAACAACCAAAUCCACUUUAUGGCCAAUUCCCCCUUCUUUUUUUUCUUUUUUUUUUACACGGUUGUAAAUGUUUUGUGAUUUAUUGUUUUUAAUUAAGGAUUUAAAAAAUCCACUCUUCUCAAUCUUACUGGUGCAGUGCUGUAAUGUUCAGUAGUGCUGUAUCCUGGUAUUGUACUGUAUUUCUGGAAGAAGUUAUCAACAAAUUAUACAUUUAUUAGCAGUUACUACUCCGUCAUGUAAAAAAGAGGUUUAUAUCAUGUAUGUUAUAAUAUACUGCCAAUACACACCGAUGUCCUUUGGUGAACUACUCCACAGAGGUUAGACAAUAUAGAUUAUAACGGAGUACUGCAAAUGCAGUGGAUCAGAAAAGCUGUUUAAACCCACUACUGGGCAAGAAAGCACAUUCAGUGAAGUUUCAACCUUCUCCACUAUCUUUGGGCCAGGGUGAGCCAUCAUCUGCCUAGGAGAAGAGCUCGUCAUAUAAUGUGAGGAGGAAGGAGUCAUACCCCAUCAGUAUUAACUAACUCCCUCGAAUGAACGCAGCUGUGCUCCACCCUGUAUAAUGAUGAAAAUACAGCUUCUGUAUGUUGUAUGAAUGUUGUUUUGUAUAUAAAGAAGAGACCAAGCCACGAA